AUGGCGCUCUUCGAAGCCAAGGUCAAAUGUGUGCUCUCCGGAGACACGGUGGUCCUCCACAACAUCAACAACCCCAAAGCGGAGCGCACUCUGAGCCUGGCUUUUGUAUCGGCCCCGCGAAUGAAGCGCGAGGGUGAUGAGCCCUUCGCCUUCGAGUCACGCGACUACCUCCGCCGCCUGCUCGUGGGCAGGGUGGUGCGCUUCCAGGUGCUCUACAAGAUUCCGACGGGCGCCAACCGCGAGUACGGCCUCAUUGUGUUACCGAACAAGGUGGUGCUGCCCGAGCAGGCUGUCGCUGAGGGCUGGCUGAAGCUGCGCGACGACGCCGGCCGCAAGGAGGACUCAGACGAGGCUGCACAUCUUCUGGAGCGUCUGCAGGUGGUUGAGGCCCGCGCCCGCGCCGACUCCAAGGGCCUAUGGGCCGAGUCACCCUCGAAAAUCCGCACGGCGAACGAGCUGGGCGAUGCGGCCGCCUUUGUUGAGCAGCACAAGGGUCAGGACCUCGAUGCCAUUAUUGAGAGAGUUGUCACCGGCGACCGCCUCAUUGUUCGCUUCCUCGUCACGCCAACCGAGCAUGUGCAGACCAUGGUCCUCCUCGCCGGCAUCCGCGCACCCGCGACGAAGCGCACGAAUCCCUCGGACGGCAAGGAACAGCCAGCCGAGCCCUUUGGAGAGGAGGCACAUCAGUUCGUCGAGACGCGCUUGCUGCAGCGUGGGGCCAUGGUGCAGGUGCUUGGAACCACGCCGAAUGGCCAGAUCGUGGCUGAUGUUAAACACCCUACCCAGGGCAGCAUCACUCCCCACAUCCUCAGAGCCGGCCUCGCGAAAUGUACCGACCACCACACCACGCUGCUCGGUUCGCAGAUGGCUGCGCUACGCCAGGCGGAGAAGGCAGCCAAGGACAGCCGCCAGGGACUCUUCCAAGGCCAUGUGGCUCCUCGGGCCAACGUUGCGGGCGGCGAUCUCGAGGCCGUCGUCAGCAGGGUCCAGAGCGCUGAUACACUGUUUCUGCGUAAUAAGGCUGGCGUCGAGAGACGCGUCAACCUGAGUAGUGUUCGCCAGCCAAAGCCCACAGAUCCCAAGCAGUCGCCCUGGGUGGCAGAAGCAAAGGAGUUUCUGCGCAAGAAACUCAUCGGCAAGCACGUCAGAUUCCAUGUCGACGGAAAACGCCCGGCAACCGAAGGCUUUGAUGAGCGCGAGAUGGUCACGGUUACAUACCAAGGCAAAAACAUUGGUUUACUACUCGUCGAGAACGGCAUGGCCUCUGUGAUCCGCCACCGACAAGACGACACCGACCGCAGUCCCAUCUACGACGACCUCUUGAUCGCCGAGUCAGCAGCGCAGGAGCAGAAGAAGGGUCUCUGGUCUGACAAGACUCCAAGCGUCAAGCAGUACGUCGACUAUUCUGAGUCGCUGGAGAAGGCCAAGAGACAGCUCACUCUGCUGUCACGCCAGCGCAAGGUCCCCGCCAUUGUCGACUUUGUCAAAUCCGGCUCUCGCUUCACCGUGCUCGUACCUCGCGAGAACGCAAAACUUACCUUUGUACUGUCCGGUAUUCGCGCGCCCAAAUCAGCGAGGAACGCCGACGACAAGGGCGAGCCAUUUGGCAAAGAGGCUCACGAAUUUGCCAGCAGGCGAUUGCAACAACGCGAUGUUGAAAUUGACGUCGAAGAUUGCGACAAGGUUGGCGGCUUCAUUGGCACCUUGUACAUCAACCGCGAGAACUUCGCCAAGACUCUGGUAGAAGAAGGUCUGGCCACAGUACACGCCUAUUCUGCGGAAAAGUCUGGCAAUGCAAAUGAGUUGUUUGCUGCGGAACAAAGGGCAAAGGAUGCUCGCAAGAACCUUUGGCAUGACUAUGACCCCUCGCAAGAAGAGGAUGGCGAAACAACGGCCGGUGCCGCUGCGCCGUCAAAUGGCGACGCCGCCCCAUCAACAAGGAGGAAGGACUACCGCGAUGUCAUGGUCACUCACGUCGAAGACGAUGGCAGGCUCAGACUGCAGGAGAUUGGCUCGGGCACCGCUGCGUUAACAUCACUCAUGAGCGCGUUCAGCAAGUUCCACCUGAACCCCGCCAACAACUCGGGACUACCUAACCCACCAAAAGCCGGCGAGUUCGUUGCAGCCAAGUUCACCGCUGAUGACCAAUGGUACCGCGCACGUAUACGACGCAACGACCGUGAAGCGAAGAAAGCCGAAGUCGUCUACGUUGACUACGGCAACUCGGAAACCAUUCCGUGGACCCGUCUUCGACCCCUUUCCCAGCCCGAAUUUCUGCCUUCCAAGUUGAAACCACAAGCUGUUGAGGCGCAGCUCGCAUUCGUUCAACUGCCUGGCAACCCAGAGUAUCUUGCAGACGCUGUCCGGUUCAUCUCACAGGAGACUGCAGACCGUCAGUUGGUUGCCAAUGUUGACCAAGUGGAGAAGGACGGCAUGCUCUGGGUCACUUUGUAUAACCCCGAGCAGAGCAAGACGGGCAUUGAGAGCGUCAACGCAGAUGUCAUUGACGAGGGCCUUGGUAUGGUUCCCAAGAAGCUGAGGCCAUGGGAGCGUAGUGCAAGCGACGUUCUUGCCGCGUUGAAGAAGAAGCAGGAUGUAGCCAAGGAAGAGAGGAGGGGUCAAUGGGAGUAUGGCGAUCUGACUGAAGAUGACUAG